UGUUUAGAUAGUUGUUUUUUUCAGCAGUUACAGACAGUUGCGAACUGUGCAUUGUGCAACGUGUUGUGUUGUUGUGUACUUGAAAAGAUUGAAUUGGCGGUAAUUUUUGUUAGAACGAAAUCGGAACAAUAUAACUUAACUUGUCUUGUCGAUUUUAAAUCUGAAAUGUAAUUACAUGAAUCUAUAAGGCGUAAAAUAUACCUACUUCAUUCAUGGUGUGGGGGACACCAUCACAUAAGUGCGUGCGAAAUUCCAGCAGACAUCAAAUGUUGGAAUUGUGAGAGGAAAGGACAUCUCAGCAAAGUUUGUCGGAGAAAGAAACAAAACAUGCGACAAGCUGAUGAUGCUUCGACAGGAAAUGAGUAUGAAGAGGAAGAAGUGACAAUAUACUUUCCCGGACAAAAGAAAAAUAAACUCAAGCUCAUCACAGUAAAGCUUCAUAUAAUCUCUUACAUACAAUACUUUGACCAACAGUGUAAAAGCAUUAUCUUUUAAACACUAUAAACAAAAAAUAAUAAUCAUGAUUAUGCCUUGAAUAACAAGAGAUUAUAUAUGACAAUGAACAUUUAUUCUGUACGAUUUGAUAAUAUCUCCAACCCAUCAGUAACAAGAUUUGAGCAAGAGAUGUCUAAAAAUUGAAUGAGAUCCAUAUGUAACUAAUAGGUAUUUAACAAAUCCUACAAACAAGAGAAAUAUUCAAAUGGACAUACAAAGCAUACUGACUAGUUGAUGCAUCUAUUUAGUUACUGGGUUAUCUGAUAAGUUAGAAAGUGAAAAGUAAAAAUGUUAAAGAUCAUUAAAAAGCUUCCUUAUAAGUGUCCAGUUUGUAGAUUAAUCGUUUCUACUCAGUGGAAAAUGAAGUAUCAUAUAUUUGAACAUACAGGUGAGCGGCCCUUUAAAUGUGUUAUAUGUGAGAAAACCUUUAUCCACCUACAUCACGUAAAGAGUCAUUUGUUGACACACUCUGAUGAGAGACCUUUUAAGUGCACUACAUGUGGAAAAUCCUUUAAAACUAGACACUAUAUGAAGGAACAUACAAUGGUUCAUACUGGAGAGCGACCUUAUGGGUGUGAUACAUGUGGAAAAUCCUUUACAACAAAAAUGUCUUUGAUAGAACAUACAAUGGUUCAUACUGGAGAGCGACUUUAUAAGUGUGAUACAUGUGGAAAAUCCUUUACAGCUAGACGCUAUAUGAAGCAACAUACAAUGGUUCAUACUGGAGAGCGACCUUAUAAGUGUGAUACAUGUGGAAAAUCCUUUACAGCUAUACGCUAUAUGAAGCAACAUACAAUGGUUCAUACUGGAGAGCGACCUUAUAAGUGUGAUACAUGUGGAAAAUCCUUUACAUCUAGACGCUAUAUGAAGGAACAUACAAUGGUUCAUAGUGGAGAGCAACCUUAUAAGUGCACUACAUGUAAGAAAUCCUUCUCAACCAAAAACAGCAUGAAGCAACAUACAAUAGUUCAUACUGGAGAGCAACCUUAUAAGUGCACUACAUGUGAGAAAUCCUUCACAACCAAAAACUGCAUGAAGCAACAUACAAUGGUUCAUACUGGAGAGCGACCUUACGGAUGUGAUACAUGUGGAAAAUCCUUUACAACAAAAAAGUCUUUGAAAGAACAUACGAUGGUUCAUACUGGAGAGCGACCUUAUAAGUGUGAUACAUGCGGAAAAUCCUUUAGAGCCAAAAGUAUUUUGAAUACACAUACAUUGGUUCAUAGUGGAGAGCGAACUUAUGAGUGUGAUACAUGCGGAAAUUCCUUUACAUCAAAAAAGUAUUUGAAAGUACAUACAAUGGUUCAUACUGGAGAACGACCUUAUAAGUGUGAUACAUGUGGAAAAUCCUUUACAGCCAAUUUCAAAUUGAAGAAGCAUACAUUUGUUCAUAUUGGAGAGCAACCUUAAAUUGCUCUACAUGAGAGAAAUCCUUCAAAACAAAAGCCAUAUGAAGGAAACUACAUUUGCUCAUACUAAAGAGUGACAACCUUAGAGUACAAUGUAUUGUACUGCAAUGACAACCAAAGAGUGGCAACAACAGAUCAGCAACCUCUAUCGAUGCUGUUUGCACAAACCUUAAUCCUGAAGAAACGAACGUCCUAAUUAUAAAUGCUGGAAUUUCUGACCACACUGCUCAGCUGUGCAGCCUUAAACUGCCUGUGAACAGGGCUAAUUCAAUCAACUCAACUAGAAGACAUCUAAACAUCAAUAACCUUCUUCAGCUGAAAAAAAUCUUAUCUCUUCAGUCAUGGGAAGAUGUACUGGGUAGUGAUGAUGUUAAUGAAGCAUACAACCGGUCUAUUAAAACAACUAUUCUAGCACUUGAUUCAGCCUGUCCGCGGAAGAGGACAAGAAGACCUAGAAGUUCAUGGAAGAUGGUCUACGAUACAGAGACCAUGGAGAUGAAGAGGGAGUAUCUGGCGGCCCAUGACAUUUUUCUGUUGACCAAUGAUUUGGCAGAAAAACAAAGAGCAAGCUACUUCAAAAGAUUAUAUGAUCUGAGGCUGAAAGAAAUUCGUCAUGUUCAUAGCACCACCCACAUAAAAUCCGCUGACAACAAAUCCAAAGCAGUUUGGGAUAUCAUCAACAGUGAACGGAAGUUGAUUUCAUCCCAUCCAACUGACUUCUUAUUUUUAAUUGAACGUAUAACAUCUUUUACUUCUUUCAUUGUUACACCACUGAAACAAAAAACUGGCAAAGAAGGUGGCAAAACCCUGUCAAGGAAACCAAGGGCAUCUUCAACACAAGGCACAAUAUUUAAUGAAUUGGAUGAUUGUAAAAAUUUAAUAUUUAAAACGUUAGCAAUUUCAGACCCUGAUGUCACUUCCUUGUCGUUAACUAUCAAGUUUGGAAAAUUCUGACAUUUUUCAAUGUUGCCAAGCUCCGUUUUUACAAUA